ACGAUGCGUAGAGCUCAUAGCGUGGAAGAGGAAGUAAAAAAGACCACUUCCGCCACAGUUUCGAUCACGUGACCAACGUCAGGUUCAAUGUGGUUCCGCUUGUCGCGCGUAAAGCCAGGUAAAGCCGUAAAGUUUGCCAAAAAUGUGAUCGUGGAUUGUAUGAUACCUUUCAUCUUGUGUUCCUUUUGAGUUUCUAGACUCAUGCUUAAUCAUGCCCGGCCGAUACUGUUCCGCGAAGUGGUGUAACAACUCGAGCCGCCCGAGCACCUUGACGGACAAGUCCUUCCAUCUCUUCCCCCAAGACAGCAGGUACCCAAAGUGGGUGGCCUACGCCAACCUGCAGAAAGACACCCCCACGAAACGAGCCAAGGGGCGUUUUCUUUGUUCCGACCACUUUGAAGACUCCGCUUUUUUCUCUUUGUCUGGAGGAAAGAGACGGCUGCUUCGUAAUGCAGUGCCUUCAGUUCCCGUCACCAAUCCCAGACUGCGGCAGCUUGUGCCACCAGCACAAGCUGUCUUGUCCAACGUCAGUGCCAUCCUGGCUGCAAGCAAAAGAUGUAUGCAUCGCACAAUGCUCAGUGGAACAGUCCAGUGGUGCCCAGUCAGGCGACACAAUCGCCUUUUGCCCCAAGAGUUUUUUUGCUCCUCGGGGUCUGCAUCCAAGCCAGAUGAAGUAGCAACUACAGCCCGGGCAGUUCCUCCCGGACCUCCAGAAGUGUCAGCCGUGACUCCGGAAUCGUUGGGCGUUUUACCAGAAGAAGCACAAGCUGCACCUACAGAAGUGGCUGCUGUGGAUUCGAAGGCUUCGUCCGUCGUCCCAGGGGUGUCAACUGUGACUUCAGAAAUACCAGUUGUCGCCCCAAAUCUACCAGCCGUAUCUACAAAUGCAGAGGUUGUGUCUCCGGGAGUGCCAUCUACGGCCCUGAUAAUGCUAACCGUUCCUCGAGAAGUACCGACGACGUCCCUGGAAGUGUCGACUGCGGUUCCAGAUGUUUCAGCCGCGACUCCAGGAGCACCAAAUGCGGUUCCAGAAACGCGUGCAAAAGUGCGCACAAAGCUGGUUUCUGUGCGAAAUUCCGAGACACCCGGGGAAAAGACCAUGCGGCGUAAGCGCCCAAGGGACCGGUCCGUCGGAAAUCCCAGCGUCCUUAGCGAAGGAAUGCUGCGUUCUGUCCUGGCUUCGAAUCCGUCAAAUUCCUCCUCAUCCUCCUCCGCUGCAUCUGAUGAUGACAUAGCUCUGAUUACAGAUUUCGACGGACCAGGGGAGCCAUGUGAGCCAGAUCCAAUCCCACCAAGUACGCCAAGCCAGUCCGACAGUCAGUUAAGUAGCCAAGACAGCCAGGAGCUUCCCCCAGUUGCAAGGAGCAGGAGGCUUAAGCGGCUACAGACAUCCAGGCCGCGGACACUCCUAAACGCUUACCGGUCACAGAAGAACUUGAGAAGCUGCGAGAUCUCAAGAGCAGAGCUCGUAAAGUAUGCUUCACGUUUUCUUUCAAAGCAGGGCUUGGAGAUGUUCAGGGUGGAGUUGUACCUGAACCCCCUCAGAGGCUACAGGAAAAAGUGGCCCAGUCACCUCACGGCUUGCGUCUCGAGCCUGUUUUUCCUCGGCCCAACAGCCUACAUGAACCUGUCAAAGCUCUUGUCAAUACCUCCCGUAAGGGUCCUGCGAGACAGCUUCCGCAGCAUGGACCUUGAGCCAGGCGUGGUGCCCGAGAUACUAGAAGCCUUGCAGAAAAAGAUGGCCCACUGGUCUCUCGAAGACUGCACGUGCGUCUUGCAUUUCGACGAAAUACCGCUGACCGAGAGUCUGUGCUACGAUUUCAAAAGAGACAAAGUGAUUGGGUUUGAGGACAUCGGCACCAAGAGAUCGGACAAGGUCGCCAACACGGCUCUGGUCGUGACCAUCUCGGGACUUUCGAAACGAUGGACCCAGCCGAUUGCCUUUGUACUCUCGCGGACGAAAAUUGAUGUGGCAGCACUGGAGAAACUGCUCCUUACCUUGAUUGAAGAGCUCCAGCCUGCGGGGGUCUUGGUAAAAGCGGUGGUCUGUGACCAAGGUGGGUGCAACUGGGAUCUCUCAAGGAAGCUGGGUGUGACGCUCAAAGAGCCGUUCUUCAUUGUGAAGGGUGAAAGGGUAUAUUUCCUCUUUGAUGUGCCGCACCUGCUGAGGUGCACGAGAAACAACCUCCGCAAUGUCAGUGCUCUCCGCAUCGGCGAACACACUGUGAGGUGGUCCCACAUGCAAAGUCUGUACGAGCUUCCGCACCCCCUCAGAGGACGGCUUCUGCGGCGAAUCACGGACCGUCACAUCUACCAGAGCCUUCACGGGAACAAGGUUACGAAAUUUGCAGCACAGGUCUUCAGUGGUACGAUGUCCCUUGCCAUCCUCGUUUUCGUGUCGCUCCUGCAGUUGGACCCGGAUGCGGCGCAGACCGCAACGUUCUGUGACAGGAUGGACCAACUGUUCGACGUCCUGAACAGCAAGACUGUCUCGCCUUCGAAGCCGGGCAGUUUCGGAUUUGCAUUGUCGGCUGAUCCGGAUCCGAAAAAGGCAAGGAAAUGCCAGGAUCAGCUGGACUUCCUCAAGUCUACGGCCUCCUGGAUUUCACAGUGGAAGUUCGACAGCAAGCACCCACCCAACACCAUCAGGGGCUGGCAGUUGACCAUAACAGCCGUCCUCUGGCUAUGGAACGACCUGUGUCAGAACUUCGGUUUUAAGCAGCUCUUCACCCGGCGUCUUAGUCUGGAGCGGUUGGGGGCCUUCCUUCGGAAAUGUAGGCAGCAGCACUGGAGCAAAGACACGCCUACCGCCUCUCAGUUCAUCGUUGCGUUCAAGAGCAUUUUGGUAGAUGAGCUCUUCGUCAUUCCUGGUCGAUCCGACGGCGAAGCCGACAUUUCCGUCCUUCUGGCAGAGUUGAAGCGAGUGCCUGUGUCGUCUGCUGCACGCAUGGACUCAGAAGAGCAGAGCGAGGAUCCUCUGUACGACACUGGCAUUACGACGGAGGUGCAGUCAGGCGAUCAUCACCAACUCGUUCAGGCUAACGUCAGAUAUGUGUUUGCGGGACGCAUCGUUCACCUUUUCCAGAACAGGUUCCCGUGCGGAACGUGCUGCCCGAACCUCAUGUCCAGGGACCACAAGUCAACGUCCGAGCACCGGUUACUCGAGUCCCUGAGUACUCAGAUCUUCGGAGAACAUUCUUCAGGCGUCACCGUCCCGGCGAGCAGCUGCUUCCAGUUUGUGGUAGGGUUGGAGGAGUACUUCGGAAAGUAUGUUGCGAUCGUCCUGGAACUUGAAAAUGUCUCCAAGCAGCUUUGUACUCACCUCAUGAGGGUCCCUGACAACCUAUUUUGUUCUCCGGUAUGUAAAGGAGUGUUUGUGGGCCUGUUCAGUCGCUUGAGGCUGCAUUGGCACCUACGCUUGAUGAAUGCGAUGCUCAGGGAGCUUCCUGCCUCAAGGGAGCGGCGGAAUCCUAAGUAAGUCUGCAGGCGUGAUGUGGGUGUGCCACGGUCCCUGUGUUAAUGGGAGUCUUUCCAUCAGUAGGCCUAUUGCCAAAAAUCUUUUGUGGAUCUUUUUUCAUGCGAUAUCCUUUUCUAGCUGUAAAGAACCCAAGUUUGCCAUGAAAGUCAUCUACAUACUCGUUUUGUUGUUUGUACCUUCUAUGUAAAGUUUUGUAUAUAAAAAUGUGUGGAGAUCUA